GGAAAAGAGAUGAAGAAGAAACGUGUGGCGACAUAGUCCACCGGCGAUCAGGAAUGAAACGAGGGAGGAGGGGAGGUGGACCCACCGUGCUGGCUGACCCUCUGUUCUCCAUUCUAGAAGGAAAGACCUUGUAUUUAAGUGACUGGAUUUAAUCCCAAGGAUAACUGCAUUUAAAGGGUAACCAGGCCAGAUUCAGUUCAAGAUGGAUCAUAAACCAGAUGAUACUCUCAAGGAAAACUUAGUUUUUGAUAUCAUAACCAGAAAAAUUAACCAACUUCCAGAAGCAGAUAGGAAUGUCCUUGAAUAUGGAUCAACAUACGUUGGACUUAAUGCUGCUUUUUGUGGUCUAAUAGCUAAUAGUCUUUUUCGACGUGUCUUGAAUGUUACAAAGGCUCCAGUGGCAUCUGGCUUACCAAUGGCAGUGAUCCCAUUUUUGACAGCUACUGUGGCUUACAAAGGUUUUGUAAGUUUACCUUUGAGUACAGGUGAUUUGAGUUGUGAAACCUGUACUGUGACACGGGGUGGACUGAUUGGUUUAGUUGUGGGUAGUCUGUACCCUAUUAUCUUGGCUAUUCCUGUAAAUGGUGGUCUAGCAGCCAGGUAUGGAUCAGCACUGCUACCAGAUAAAGCAAACAUCUUAACUUACUGGAUCAGGAUUUCUAAGCCUGUCUUUAGAAAAAUGUUAUUUCCCAUUUUACUUCAGACUACAUUUGCAGCAUACCUUGGAUCUAGACAGUAUAAACUACUCAUAAAGGCUCUUCAGUUACCUGAGCCUGACCUAAAAAUGACUUAAAACAAAUAAAUUGGUGAAAAUAGCCUGUCUCUGUUAAAAAUACAAAGAUUUUAAGUUAUCAAACGAAGUGUAUAUAAUUCUGUGACCCUACAACAAAAGUACUACACAGGGCAACACAGUAAGUAGUAAGGACUACCCAAGGCAAACAGGAGGCCUGGUGAUGUAAAUGAAUGGCAGAGCACUAAGUGAGGCAAGCAUAAACAAACAAACAAAAAAAAACACUGAUUUCUCUGGUUUGCCCAAUAGUGUCUCUCCGUUUCAUCCACUUCUUCACAUUAAGUACCUAUCUCAUCUGAAACACUGUAUAAGACUUAAGCCGUCUCUCUUGAAGCCUCCAUCAAUAAAAGAACUGUUCUUUAUAAUUUCACGGGCUUGAGCUUUGUGCUAAUAAGCCAAUAAACCCUCUGUAUUCCAACAUUCAUACGUAUAUGUAGUCUAACAUAGCACUUGGAAUUCAUAUUUACUGCUCCUGAUUUUGCU